AUGAUCGUGUCGAACCGGCGCCAGCAGGCGACGCCGCGGACGCCGGCCGUGGUGUCGCGCCACGUGCUCGUGUCGCUCUACGAGCGGCCGCCGCAGACGGAGCUGACGCUGGACGAGUUCGAGAUCUACGCCGUGGACCGGCUGAAGAUCCUGCGGACCAUCGACGCGCUGAAGCAGAAGGGCUUCAAGCCCCGCGAGCUCGAGGCGGAGCUCGCGCCGGUGCUCGCGCAGGCGCUGCCGCUCCGGGGCUCGGCGGAGCACGUCAAGGCCGACGAGCGCAAGGACCAGGUGAGCCACUUCAUCCUGCGCCUGGGCUACAGCCGCACGGAGGAGAUGCGGCGCUGGUUCCUGACCCAGGAGUGCGCCCUCUUCAAGCACCGCCUCGGCACGCUCAGCGGCCCGCAGCUCGGCCUCUUCCUCGCGGCGAACGGUCUGAAGUUCGAGGAGGUGUCCGACGCGGACGUCGACGCGCGGUCCGUCGCGCUCUCGAAGAUCUCGAAGACGGGCGACGGCGGCGCCGCGGGCUACUACCGCGUGCCCUUCGUCGAGGCCAUCGACCUCAUCGGCCGCCGCGAGGUCUACCUCGAGAAAGGCUACGCGUACGUGCCCGCGGCGAAGCUCCACGCGAUCGUCGUCGCGCGCUUCCGCAGUGCCCUGUCCCGGUCCCUCGCCAAGGCGUCGUCGUCCCUCGCCGCCGCCGCCGGCGACCCGCGCCUGAGCCCGCUGCUCAACAACAUCGAGAAGCACGACCUGUCGAACGGCAAGGAUUUAGAGGACGACGACGUCGAGGGCAUCCACCCGGAGCAGAUCGACGCGCUCGCGAAGCAGUCCAUGCCCCUCUGCAUGCAGCAGCUCCACGGCGCCCUCAAGCGCGACCACAAGCUCAAGCACUGGGGCCGGCAGCAGUACGGCCUCUUCCUGAAGGCCGCGGGCCUUUCGAUGGAGGACCAGCUCCGCUUCUUCCAGGCCGAGUUCACGAAGAUCAUGACCGUCGACGCCUUCUCCAAGGAGUACGCCUACAACAUCCGCCACCGCUACGGCAAGGAGGGCAAGCGCACGGAGUACAGUCCCUACGGCUGCUACAAGCUCAUCAUGGACAUGGCGCCCGGCCCCGGCGAGUACCACGGCUGCCCCUACAAGCACUACGACGACGACCACCUCGCGUCCAUCCUCGGCGCCAUGGACAUCUCGCGCGAGUCGUCCCAGGCCAUCCUCGGCCAGGCCAAGUCGAAGAACUACCAGCUCGCGUGCCAGAAGCACUUCGAGGUCACGCACCCCAAGGCCGCGGGCGUCGCCGCGCGGCCCGACGGCGUCGGCAACCACCCCAACGCCUGGUUCAAGGCGAGCCGCAUCUACCACAAGGAGGUCCACGAGGCCAAGAACCCGGACGCGGUCAAGCAGGUCGAGCCCGCCGCGGCGCCCGCGGCCGCGCCCGCGGUGCUCCUCGCGAACUAG